AUGAAUCGUUUUCUUAUGCGACGUUGUAGUAUGUCAUCCAUUGAAGAAGAAGACGAAUCCAUGUUGUCUGAUGAAGAAAUGACUGAAGUCACACAAGUUUUACCGACAACAGCAUCAUCAUCGUCAUCACUGUUAUUAUCUCAACAAGAAUUAUCCCGUUCUUCAUCGAUUCUCGAAUGGGAUUCCGAAUUAUCCGAAUCGGAUGUCGAAGAAGAAGAAGGAGACCGUCAACACAAAGGAAAUGUUAAUCAGAAUAAUAACGAAGAACAAGCAGCCAAUCGAGUUUUACAAAAUUUCAUACAAUCGUCCACACGUUCAUAUUUGUAUGCGAAGACAAAUGAAAAUCGUUGCAUUUCACCUUUCUCCAUUCAUCUUUAUGGUAAGUUAAUCUCAUUUCUUUUGCUUCGUUAA